AUGUUCAUGCACCCUCUAGGCGGACGCGACCAGACCCCCGAGAAUGAGGGAGACGAGGACUACGUCCUCUCGGACACUGAGAUGGCGUCGGUCUCGUCGGGUGAUGAAGGUUCCCUCUCUGCCAUCGACACCGAGGACAGUGAGGGCGACGAGGAUGAGAGUGAGGAGAGUGACUCUGAAGAGAGCAAGAGCAAGAAGGGGGCCAAGAAGAACGGCAACAAGAACAAGAACAAUAAGCUCAACAAGAAGGCCACGUCUAGCCAGGGCCAGAAGAAGGCGCGCAAAUACGGGUCGGGCGCCCACAAGUGCAAGGUCAAGGGAUGCUCUCGCAGCUUCCCCAGCGCUGCCAAGCCGAUGCGCCAGGCGACGUGA